UAAGUAGGCCGGGAGCUAAUCUCACAGAAUAUGCAAAGCUGCAAACACCACAGGCUGGAUGAGGAGACACAGCGGGUUGAGCUGACACAAGUACAGUCACAGAGUUAUUAUAACGUGACGGGGAAACUACUUUGACGCGGCUGUCGGUGACUUCAUUAUAACAUGGUUCAAUAACAAUUAAGAAGGAGUGGGCAGAUGGAGGACUGUCCGGGAAAACACCCGUGGAUCCAGUGAGUGCACAUCUGAAAUUGGUCGACAGGUCUGUGAGGAGCCUGAUAACACCCGGGAAAUUAAUAUUUCGGACGAGGUUGUGUUAUUCUUACGGGAGUGAAUCUACCUGAGUCACCUGUUGGAGCGGAACUGCUGUCUGUCAUCAGUCCUGCACUUUUUAAAAGUCUUCAUUGAAGCCAUGGAACCGCCCAGUGCUCCGAGGGGAUGUGGUUCCAGUAUCAGCUCCAUGUACUACAACCUGUGUGACCUGACCACAGCGUGGGGAGUCGUGGUGGAGGCUUUUGCUGCUACUGGUGUGGUGACUUCCUUUAUUCUGUUGGUCGUCCUCAUGGCCAGCUUACCGUUUGUGACACACAAGAAGAGAAAAGGCAUGGUGGCCCUGCAGGCCGGCAUUCUGGUCUUCACUCUGGGACUCUUUGGACUCACCUUUGCCUUCAUCGUGGGUCGGUACUCCACCAGCUGUGCUGCACGGAGGUUCCUCUUUGGGGUACUGUUCUCAGGCUGUCUGGCCUGCCUGGCAAUGCACGGGCUGUGGCUCGCCCUGCUGGAGCGGAGAGGUCGGGGGCCCAGGAGCUGGAUGUUAUGCCUGGGAGCCCUGGGUCUAUGGAUGGUCGAGGUAAUCAUCAACACUGAGUGGCUCAUCAUCACUGUGGUCAGAAGCCCACCUGGAAGUAUCAUCGUCUCUGACCUGUCCUGCGGCGUUGCCAACCAGGACUUUGUGAUGGCUCUGAUCUACGUGAUGGUUCUGCUGCUAGCUGUGGUGCUGAUGGCUCUGCCCUCACUGACACACAAGCACAAGCAGUGGCGCAGUGAUGGAGCCUUCAUCCUGGCCACCGGGCUCUUCACCUUGGUGAUCUGGGUAGCUUGGAUCGUCAUGUACCUCCACGGGAACAGAGUGGCCGGGAAUCCCAGCUGGGAUGAUCCUACUCUGGCUAUAGCCCUGGUGUCGAAUGCCUGGGUGUUCCUCUUCUCCUACGCCAUCCCAGAAAUCUGCUUACUGACCCAGGCAGACCCAGACCAGGAGCAGCCGCUCGAUGGAGAGGAUGUUUAUCCUGCCAUGAGCCUGGUGUACGACAACGCCCAUAAGGAGCCAGAGCAAGUCUACAUGGAGAAUAAAGCCUUCUCUAUGGACGAGCCACCAGCAGUACCCACAAAGCCAGUGUCUCCAUAUGCUGCUUAUAACGGUCAGCUACGGAGUUGUGUGUACCAGCCCACUGAAAUAGCCCUGAUUGCCAAGGGUCUGACAAAGAUGGACCAGGACUUGAUGAUACCUCGAGCCAGAGCCCCGUCUCUGGUUCCAGGAAGUGGCGGCUCUCUGCCUCGUUCAGUUGAGACCUCGCCAUCUUAAGGUCUGUCACACACACACACGGGCGGUGUGAGUCGAGAGCGGAUUGCGCUGUCACCUACACACUCGGUUGUUACAGCGAUGAAAUCUCCACCAGGGAGUUUCAUCUUCCCUCAGAGUUCCUUGUAUCAAAUGUAAUGAGCCAUCUUUUCUCUGUCUUGGCAUGAAGCUUUGCAUAAUAACACACUGUGGUGGCUCUCAAGCAACGUGCGUCACAUUUCUACAUGUUGUCCUGUACUUUAUUUUGUAAGAUGUUUGUGCAUUGUUUGUUUGUUCUAUAGAACAAGGACUGAAAAGACAAAGAUUAUAAAGGCUACCACUGUCGGAUAUGGGCAGUUUAUAGAGCCUACUGUACACUUAGCCAAAUGAUUUCAGCAUGGAGAGGUUGUGCCUCAGCUCUUGUAUUUCAUUUUUAAUUCAUGAAAACAAUUUCCCUAAAUCUUCCCUCUUCUAACUCAAAUCCAUUUCUAUCUUGUUUCACUCAAAAACACAAUCAAGAGAAUUUUUACAUGCAGCAAUGUGGAACGUUUUCAGGUGACAGCUGACCUACAUUCAGCUUAUUGGUAAGGAAACAGUAGAUAAGUAUUAGAUGACAACUGUUUAAAGCAAAGGAAAGGUCUAUAAUAUAACUGUUUGGUUAGUUUUUAUUCACAAACAUAGAGUCUCACUAAUGUUUUUCAUGUCAUAAAGCUACUGAAUGUAAUUAAUCUGUUGUAAACAUGCUUUGUCACAUGUGAAAUCAUGUUGUGAUUCAGACUUCCUCUUAAAGCCAUAUGAUUUUGUAGUGCCUUAUGAAAAUUUUAUGUAAAGGUGUAAAUUCUAACUUAUUAAAACUGUAAACGGAUACUUAAA